CCACGCGCCCUCAAAAAGAUAAUGGUCCGUCUCUUAUCUGUUCUUUGGUGAAACAGAUCCUGCUGAUGACAAGCACUUCUUUCAAUAAACCCUCGUCAAGCCAAUCAUAAAUACCAGGCGCUUUGGGUAUACUGUGUCAGCGGCAUUACUCAUUAUGGCGGCGUAAAGUUCUUCAAAGAUGGCGAUCUUGCCAACUCACCAUAACAGGAAUUUUCACCCAAUUCCCGUCCACAGAUCGGGACUUAGGCUUAGAGAAAAAUAUGUUUUAUUGUUAAUAUUUAUAGCUUUUCUUCUUUUAUGUUUUGGGGCAUUCUUUUUCGUGCCUGACUUGAGAGACAGGACAUAUUUAGAGGACGCGUACAAGAGGUUUGUUGGUGCCAGAGGCGACAUUUUGCCAAUCAAGGCUCCCAAAACACCGAUUGUUAAACAAGUAGCAGCAAAUCCACAAGUCGCUGACGCUACAGAAAGUCCUAAGCUUAAAUCUGAAAUCCAUGGUGAAGGAGCGUUUGACACGCCGGUGAAAAAAAUACCAAAUGUGGCUUUGAACCACAAAGAAUUGAUAGAAAUGAUAAAGAAGGAAAAAGAGAAAUUUAUUCAAGAGAAAAAAUCCCAGGAACAUGCUGAAAAGCAAGCUAAAAUUGAGAAAUUAGUAAAUAGUUCCAAAGUCGACGAAACUGGAGCGAAGGGAAUAACUGGGGGAGAACCUCUGGACGAAAUUACAAAAGAAAGAAGAAACUUUGUUAAAAGGGUGAGUAAGAUAUAUUUCUCUUGACGUGUUAACUCUUGAUAAGUGAUAUUGUGCACACUCACUUCUAGACACUAUUAAAAACCUGCAUAUUAAUUUUGUCGACUAACGAUUAGACGAGUGCCAAACAGUUGGGGCUCUAAGAGGUUAAAAAAUUUAUACGUUCAAAGUCUUUAUUUUCCCAGUACUUAAAAAUUCACAGAAGCAUGUAAAAAUAUGCGAUAAACAGUUCGAAAUAAAUUUAUGUUGCAACUGACUUGAUAAGAGUUUCCACAUUUAAUUUACUAUUUGCUAAUCUUGUUUGUUCGUGUUCGCAAAGCGCCCUAUUAAUAUUCUAAAUGAAUCGUCGUUACUUUGUAAACUUUUCCGCCUUUUCUCUUCGAAAUUGACAACGAUCAAAUUUGAAUUGAAAUAGCUUCUUAUUUUUUUUCCAUCCACUCUCAAGACCCUAUUUAAAACAGUGAAAAUUAUCAUUUAAAGCUGAAAUGUAUGUAAUGUUUACUUAGCUGUAGCUGCCUUGUAAGGAAGGAGUGUGAUCAGCUGUUGUCUCUCAGAUGUAGAAGAUAAAGAAAAUUUAUGAAAUUUGUGUUUAUCCGAGUUUUACAUAUUUCCAAUUUUGAGGAUUUGAUAAGUGUCAACUCCACCAAGAGCUAUUUGCAAAUUACUGUGUUGUGUACUGACAAUAGAUGGCUUUCACAUGACGUCAUUAAAUUCCAAAAUCCAAAGCUAAAGAGGCACAAAAGUUUUUAUCCUCAUCAGGCAUAAGGGGGUCUGAAUUUAUAUCUGUUUACAAGUGCAGUUUAACAUUCAGAGUUAUGGCAGUGCAUGACAUACCACUCUGAUCGCAUUUGUGGAAAAAUAUACACUUAUGUAGUGAUGUUAGCCUCUUAAGGAGUUAAAGUGUUAGGAAAAGUGCUUGUGUAAAUGUUUGUUUGUUCAGUUCAUAUAAUAAGUUGCCUAGAUGGCCAAAGUAAGUUCCAGAUAUUUACACUACUUUUCAGCCGCAUGUUGGUGAAGCACAGAGCUCCACCAACACGGCGACUCCAAACUGGGCUCUAAAUUUGCAAAACAUUUCGACGAAUGUCUGAAGUUUGGGAAAACGCAGAGACCUCAAACUUGGAGAGGGUCUUCUUUGCCUAUCUCCUAUAACAUUACUUGACUUUAUCCACUGAAUAGUUUUUUUAGUUAAUUUUUUUGUUGCAUGACAGUGAAAACCAUCUAUAUUCAAAAGUGUCUUGUAAAUUCCUAAAAAUGCACUGUCAAAGGUGUCUUGGAGUAGCUGAAUUUCAACGGGUCAACUUGAGAAUCGUUCAGGCUAACCAGAGUACUAUUCAAACCAACCAUUGUGAUAUCCAGGUUAACUGUUAACUGACUGCAAUUUGACCUGUGAGUCACUGAUUUAAAAGACAUGGAUUCAUGAUGCAUAUACUUGUGUGACUGAUAAAAACGGGGACCCCUCCUAGAACAGGACUUCUUCAAGUUAUUAUUACUUUUUUUAAUGUUUGUAGUCCUUGUGAAGUAAAGCUGCUAAAGACCACUAAAAGAGCCAAAUGAAUAUUAUUAACAAUAUGCUUUAGAUAUUGACUUAAUGAUAUAUAAAGGAUAAUCCAUGGGUGUGUGUAGAUAUGGAAUAUCUCUUACAGUGUUCAACUCAGUAUCUCAGGAGUGAGAUAUAAAGUUGAACACAAGAAGAGAUUUUCUAUAUCUACAAGCAACCAUAU